AUGUUCAUAGCUCCGGGUGGUCCGCACCUGAUACUCCUCUGCGCUACAGCGCCGCAGCGUCUCCGGGAGGGCUCUCGGUGGAUGCUGGAGGCUACCUGCAUCUCGACUGGUUUAUACGCAGCCCCAGAUGGGCGGCUCUUCCACCUCCUCGGUCUGGGUAUGGUUCGAGACGACGAGUCAGGCGCGCUGGCGCUAAUCGCAGCCAGCCUACGUGUUCUUCCAGGAGAUGCUGCAGCCGUGCGGCACGUUUCUCAGCCGCAGCGACGCCUUCCCGCGAUGACCGGAGGGAUGUUUCGCGCCCGGCGAGUCUUCGGCGGGUUUCCAGCGUAUCGAGAUCGUCUUCACGGCACCCGCCGCCUGGCUAUCGUUGGCGCACCGACCCGGCCUUCCGGCAUUUGCCCUGUGGCAAGAGAAUUCUCACCCAUGAGACCUCACUUCUCAUGGCGAGAGGAUGUCGUCGGUCGCAAUACGCUGGGUAAGCAUUCGAGACCCAUCGCCACCAAAUUUUGUCGCCUUGUUAUGCACGACCGCAGGUAUGACUUCCAAGGAGGCUAUAUCCCCGACCAGUAA